AUGGAAAUAUGUGACGCCCACUUAGGAACGCAUUGCAUUUGGCUCUUUUGAACACUUACUGGUGUGACCCAGAUGUCUCUUCUGUACCUUCAGGCUCAUCUCCACACCCCGACCUUCGAGGCCCGUCAGUGCCCAGCUCUCCAUCCUGUACACCCAACACCCCCACGAUGCUUUGCAGCGGCAACUCCGAGCCCAACCUCAACACACCCAUGAACAUCAACCUCAACUCGAGCCUCAACUCCAGCUACUACACCGUCUUUUCCUCCUCCACAGGUACAACCCCAAGCUCUCCAUUCUCCAGCCACCCAGAGUCCCCCACUUUCCCGUCCUGCUCGGGCUCGUGGAGCGAUGAAUGCACCAUUUGCUACGAAAACGUGGUGGACACGGUCCUCUACGCCUGCGGACACAUGUGUCUCUGCUACGCCUGUGGCCUCAAACUCAAGAAGAUGGCCAAUGCGUGCUGCCCCAUCUGCAGGAGGACAAUCAAAGAUAUCAUCAAGACCUACCGGAGCACGUAGGCUUGUGUUAGAUGAUGUAAUUGCAUCGUCAGGUUCAGCUCAAGAGGUUUGUCAAAGCCAUGUAGACUUAGUAACGACGGACACAGCACAACUGAAAGCCCCACUUGUUUGUGUGUGCAAUCUGGCUCAGGUACUCUACAGCAGGACUUUAACCUCCAUCAUUAAACAUUUUAUCUAUGUUUUGUCUAAUGCACAUUCUUGGAGAGCUCACAGUUCUGACCUGUGAGCUCUCAGUAAGAUUCAACAUACAAUGUGAUCAACAGAGACAAAGUAUGUGCUACUGCAGGAACUGCAGACAGGACCGUGACCUACUAUUGUCCAGCGACUCUGUGAUGUGUGCAUCUGUAGAAGAGAAAGAGUAAUCUGAGGAGGCAUGUGUCCUACUUCCUACAGAGUAUCCCUUCGUUCUGCUGGUGAUAGCGUGGCUGCUAGCUAGUUUUACAAGAAGUGAAAUUGUCCAGAGCUGCGGAAGAAACAAGGAGAAUAAAUAUGUGGUUUCACCAGCUGCUCCUCCGCUGCUUGUCAGAGUGCAUUGGGUUUAAAAGUGUUGUUUUAGAGUAAGAAUCAGUUCUCUACUGAAUCUUAGCAAAAAUCAACACGAGAUCGUUUCAUUUGACAUUUCCCGAAUAUUUCCAGAGGCCAGUGAGGAAUGAGUAAAAAGAAAAAGAGUUUUCGUGAUGAGAACUUUGCAGCCCUUCUAAAAUGAGCUGUAUUUUGAAUGCAUAGAGGAAAAAUACUCCUCCUGCAAUAAAACACAACAGAAUGCCUAAAUCUAAAGGGUAAAGAAUAAAUAAGUAAAAUGUUUUGUCUGAUAUCUCACUUCCUGCUGUGCUUCUGUGAAUUUCAGGCCAGGCGAGAUUGUGCGAAGGGUGAAAAAAGUGUGAACGUUGUCACCAUAGAAGGUCACGCUCACGGUGAAUGAGGAUGUAAAUCAUUGAAGGGGGAGCGAGGCAGGAGGUAGGCGAGAGGAUGUUGUAUGUUUGGGACAGAGACAGCAGAGGAAGGGGUACCUUUGUGGUGUGGGUCUGCACAUCGUUUUUGGCGCAAAGAAAGUGUUUACUCACUCAGGCACACCCCAUACAUCAGAAGUUUGUAUGAAAGCCUGUAAGAUGUGGGACUUGUAUGAGUUGCACGUCCUGCUUCCCGGCGGCCGCCCCCGCCGUCUCUGGCUGUUCAGUAAGCCGGCUGGAUGCUGUGAUUGGACUAAAGUCAUCCAAAUAAACAUUGGUGGGCAGUGAGGUAUUUUUAAAAUGCUGAACGAGCACAUAAAGGAUGACGAAUCAAGCUCUUCAUCAUCGCAAGAAACACAUUAACCCACUAUAAGUCAGAGAUGGCUUUGCUUACUUCAGGUUACACACUUCUCUUUCAUAUGUACAUUAAAAAUAAAAAUAUUUGCUUUCAGUGAUGUGUUUCAGCACCCUGUCUUCAAGUGGAAAAAAAUCACACGAGUGCAGUCGGUGACAAGGGUGUAGCUUGUUAUUGUGAGACAUUGUGAGAAUUUAAUUUGCAUAUCAGUUUCUGAGUGCUGCUCUCUCGUCUGUAAAAGCAAACUCCAAGGACAUUUUCACUCGACUAAUCUCAUGCAUUAUGUACUGCUUUGAAUUGUUGAGAAAUACAAGCUAUUUUCAGGUGUUACUUUGGCCUCGCUGAAACAUUACGCAGUAAUUUGUAAAGUGCUGAUUUGUUUUCUUUUCAAGGUGUUGAAGCGUGUCAUCUCGCCGCUGUGGAGGGAAAAUUAGCGGUUAUGUUUAACAUUUGAGUCACAGUUACGUUUUCUUGUGUGCCUUUAAAAAGAGAAGUCUGGACAAGCUUUUGGUCUGUCGGGCUCCUCACUGUGAAAACCAGGAAGUUCAUCUUAAUUUCAUCUUAAAGUCACUAUUUCGUGGUCUCUGAUGUGAGGAGGUGUAACCACACAAUCUAGCGAUACAAACAUUUCAGUGUGCUUAAUAUCAGUGUGUGACUUUAUUCACUGCUAAAGAUGAAAUGUUUAAAUAUCGCCUUGUCCCCUCUCUGUCACUGCAUUGCAUUAUACUGGAAUUUUGUUGUUGCUUGAGAGACGCUCAGCCUUUUACAUUUCUACCUGUUUUUGUUUUUCCUUCCUGACCAAAUAUGACCUACCAGAAAUAAACCAUUUGUGAAACAUUUUUGAUAGAAAAGCGGUAUUGAUGAGUGUAAUAUCAACUGUACAUUAUGAGGUUUAUUUAUUUUGUCAAUGCUACUAUAAAGAAUUAUCAUUGUUUGUUUUAUAUGUAUGGCUAUAGUGUCCAAAAUGAAAAUAUAUUGUUUAUUUUGUUGUUGCAUAGGAUUAUAGGAAACUCUUUCCCCAGUGAAAGGCUCUGUGGAUCUGUCCGCUGGUUUUCUCUCAAAGGAAUGGUUUGACAUUUUUGGAAAUACGCGUAUCAUAGAUGAGAAUAACAAUAAUAAUGAUAAUGCAUCUUAUUUAUAGGCGCCUUUCAAAGCACUCAAGGACACCUUACAAGACAGAAAAAUGCAGCAAUGUAUCCAUACAUCAUAAAAUCAAUCAUUUCAGUAAUAUACAUUAAAGGUUAAUAAAAUGACUAGAAAAUAAAAUCAUUAUAAUUAUCCUAAAUAUAAAUAUUAGGCAUAAAAUUGGCAUCAGUGCAAGUCUCAAUAUGUGUGUCACCAUAAAUCAGACCAAAUAUGCCAGCUUGAUGGGAUUUUAAAGUGGAUGCCACUCACAUUUACUCAAGUACUGUAAUUAUGUACAAUUUUGAGGGACUUGUAUUUCCAAAUUAUACUACUUUAUAAUAGUACUACUUAUAGUUUUUUAUUCCCCUACACUUAUCUGACAGCUGUCGUUACUUUGCAGAUUAAAAUUUUACACCCAACACACAUCUUAUAAAAUGUGACACACUGUUAUAGAAUACAGUACCCAAAAUAAUACAGUGAUUAAAAUGAUCUUUGACCCUGCUAAAACAUUGAAAUGCUGCACCAGUAAAAAUGAUCGCAAUAUUGUAUAUAAUAAUAUAACACUGACGGUAGUACUUUCACUUUUGAUACUUCAGGACAAGUAAGUGCUGUGUGUACUUUUAUUUAAGCAAAUUCUGGAUGCAUACUUGCAGUGGAGUAUUGUGACACUGUGUUAUCGUGUAAAUUAUACGGUACUGUGCGACUAUAAAAUAACAAUGUAUCAAAUGACCAUGUAAAAAGUGAGACAAAAGUGUGAAAAAGGUCAUUGGUACUGAUGAAUCUGCCGAGAAUGAUCACCCGACACGGCAGACAGACACUAGCUGGGCAACGUAGUGGAGCGUUUGGUUGGUCUUUGUGGUAUUUGUCACGCCCCUCCUUCACUGUGAUUGGAUGGCUGAAUAACCUGUAGUUGAAUGUCUUUCAACUCCUGGCUAUCAGAAGAAAAAAAACAACACCAAACAUGCAAUGCUCAGCACGAAAAAGAUGCUCAGCGUGUUGUCGUCACGUCGCCGGCGUAGCGUCAAUAUGCAGCAAUCCUAUUGCAAAGAAUUAAAGAAAUAUACUGGCCUCAAAAUAAAUUAAUAAAUCCUUGGUGGACACGGCCCCUUGGGCAGCUAAAGAGCCAGAUAUUUCCCUCAGGAGUUGGUGGAGAACAAAAACAGAGUUUAAAUUUGAAGCUAAAUUCAGCAGCCAGCUAACUUAAAGUAGCAUAAAGACUGGAGACAGUUAGCCUGGCUAUUGUCCAGGUAACAAAAUCCACCUACCAGCACCAAAAGCUCACAACACCCUGGAGUCUCCACUGGUGUUUGCCAAAAAAAAUAGUCUGUCCAAGUCUAACACAUAACCCCCCUUAAAACAGCGACUUUUUUAAACAUGCAAUGUGUAAUUUUGUGACCAUGAUGACUUUAUAAAACAGAUACAACACACAGUGUAUAUUCCAUGCAGUGUUUGGCAGGUGGAUGCAUUCAAUUAAUGAAUUCUGAAUUAUGAGUUAUGGCUGGUCAAAGUAAUUGAUUCAGGACUUUAGGAUGGCCUGAGGGAAUAUUUUUAUACAACUCCUCACCAGAAAGCAAAUGAGCCUAUUUCCCAAGAUGUCAAACAUUUUCUUAAAUGCCAUAUACUGAAUCGUGCUAUUUAAAGGGACUAAAUGUGUAGUUGGUGAAAUGAUGUUUGUCCUAUUUGUGCAUAUUUAAAUUCUAUCUUGAGGCGUGAACACACUUCUGACAGCCUGUUUUUCAAAUGUGACCAAAUAUUUGCAGUCCAACCAAAACAAAACCAGCAAGUAAGUGAAGGCAGACAUUGUGCAUUUUGGACAAGAGAAUCAGCUCAUAACUCGGGUUUCCUGGACUUGGGAUUUCUAUCAGUCAUUUAAAAACAUUCUUAAGGUGUUUUGAUUAUGUUAAGUUUGUUAAAUAAAGUUUAAGUCUGAA